AUGGCGGUCCACGGAGUCAAUGUUUGGGCACAAAUGGACUAUGUUCCACCACGUGGGCAGUGCAACUUCAAGCCCUCAAUUAUGUCGGCGAAAUGCCCUUGUCUUCGCUUCAUGCUGCAUCCUCUGAAGAGUGCAUCCAGCUACGAAUGCGACGGAUGUUCCCACCACGCCUCGUUCCACUCAAUGGAGAAUAAGGCCGAGGAUGAGGUACGUAAGCGCUGGGAGAACGAAGCCAGGGAGAAAGAGGAACGGGAAAAUGGGCUGGCUGAGCGGCCGCGGAAGCGGCUGAGGGAGAUUGAGUAUCAGCCUGCCAAUGGACUGGGCCACGGGGCGAAUCUUGGGGGUGAGGAGGAACUAGAAAAGAUGCUGAGUAGGUCCACUUGGACUGCCUCAGGGAAGUCCAAGACAAGGAAAGGGAAUGGACCAAAACUGACGCGCGGAACUGCGACACGUUCUCGGGCGAAGGUUGUUGAGAUGCCUGACGACGACUAUAUCGAGGUGGAUUAAUCUUGGUAUCUUUAUUUGGGAAUAUGUCACGAGAGCUAGCGUUUUAGUGUUGAGGUUGUUUGCCCAGUCGGGAGUAGCAUUCGCAUCAUGAUACCCCAAGCUGUUUUUUACCUUCACGGGGGAGGGGGUUCAGUGGACUGUCUGCAAGAUAGGGAAAUCUGUUGUACAAUAUGAG